CACAGCGUCCCUCUGUGUCAGUGAGUCCCUCUGCUGAGAUGAUGGAGGGUGGUUCAGUGACUCUGACCUGUAGCGCUGAUGCUAACCCAGCAGCUAGCUACACCUGGUACAAGGAGCAUGAAGACUCACCACGAGCAUCAGGACAGAUGUUCACCAUCACUGACUUCAGAGCUGAACACAGUGGGAAUUAUUCCUGUGAAGCCCAGAACGAGAUGGGACGUAGUACCUCCACCUUACUUCAGAUUACUUCAGGUGUGUCUCCAGGUGGAGAUACAACAACAAUGAUAAUAAAUAUCACCAGGUGGACUCUGCUGGUUGUGAUGCUGAUUCUUUUGCUUGUCUUCUGUCUGUGGAUGAGGAAGAAGAAAGCUGUGAGCUCCACCACUGAACCACAUGAGCCCAGAGAGGCUGUGGAGAUGGACCUUCAUCCUGAGUAUGAGAACCUCUCAGCACAGAGAGAAGACCCAGAGGAGCAGGAAGACCAGGUGUGAAGAUGCAGUGGAACCAGAGGGAGACUCACCUGGACGGAGACAGGAACAAGUGGACAUGUUUCCCUUCAGUACCACCAGUUAUUAUCUGAGGUCUUUAUAAAGUUAAAACUCAAAAUUUUAUAUUUCAUUCUCUUUGCUCUUGAAUCGCUUUUUUUAUUUUAAAUGUUCUUUUAUUGUGAAUUGCAAUAAUGACAAUAAUAAUAAUACCACAUCACAACAGACAUGAGGGAAAUAAGAACCAGUUGUCACUGAUAAUAUUCAGCUUGUUUAUUUUGAGAAUAUUUAUAAUUAAUUAUAAAAGACAAAGGUCCAUCUAAGAGCAGUUUGAUGUGAAGAUGAGACAUAGAUAUAAACACACAAUAACCCAGAUACACACAAGGGUGGAUUUAAAUGUGUUCAAAUCAGCGAUAGAAUAGAAGAGCACACUGAGAACUUAAGGGGAGAAUAUUUGGUCAACCUUUGUAUUUUAGGUCAAGAAUUAAAUAAUUAAAUAACUAGUCCAGUAACAUGUUAAGGGCAAAAUCUCUAAAAGUUCAUUUAUCAAGCAGAAAAACCCAAUAUUUAGUAG